AUGGAUUUUAGUGAACUCGAACAUAUUUUUGAUAGUGCCAUUCGAAAUAAACUUCCUGUUGAACUUUAUAAAGAAAAACCGCAAACCACUAAUGUUAUUUUAACGUCAGAAGAGAAUCUUCAUCAACAAUCUCUAUCAAACAUAGAACCUGCCGUAGAUACACGAAUAGAACUAUCAAAUCAAGAGCCUGCUGGGCGAAAAAUCGAUCAUCGUUUUAUUCAUAAAAUUAAACAACAUAAAAUACUUUCAGCAAUAACUCUUGUUACAUUAUCAGUUAUGAUCGGUUUUCUGAGUGUUUUGAUUUUUAUCAAAUAA